GUGGGCGGCUGCAGUGUUACUUUGUGUGGUGGAGUGUCGGAGUUCGAUCGAGAGUGGGAUCGGUGGCUGGGCUAUGGAGCAUGUCCGUGCACCGCUGAACGAGUCCAUAAGACUGAAACUGGAGAACACUAUAUAUUUUAAAAUCUUCAACUUUUGUGAUGACUUCAGAGAUGUCUCACCUCAAUGUGCUAACACAUUAUCUGUUCAGAGAAGGCAUGGCACAUUCAUGACUUUGAACAUGGAGAGUGUUCCCAUAAGUCUUUUUAUUGAAAGUAGAUACUGAACUGUUGAGAUGGCUACCACAUGGUCAGAUGACUUUUGCAACUUCAAUGCAGGUUCCAUCCUGGCUCUUCAGAGGGUCAGAUGUACAACACAGAAACAGACCCUUCGGUCCAUGAAGAUCAUCGUGUUCCUUGCUCCUAUUUCUGCAGUCAGCGUUCUUGAAUCCUAUUAGAGUCUCCUUGACACUGUACAGAACAGUUUUGAUCGCACUGCCUGUUGUGGUAAACCUGUACACACAAGGUGUGACCGAAGUCUGGAGCAAACUGUGCAGUCACAGCCCACUUUUUCUGACAAACCUCGUCAAGCGUCAGACGUGUCAUUUGCUGAGAAACAGUUGGAAUAACUUGAGGAAUUAUCGUGUUACAUCGUAAUUCCUAUGUUGUUGUGCCACAGGAUCUACAAGUGUUAUAAGCUUUGUGCCCAGGACCUUCAACAGCUGCUGACUGGUUAUGAUUUGCCUUUGAGAAGUGAUGAAAUAUCUUGCCUGGAACUGCAACAAUGAAAAUGUACGAUUGCAAGAGGGGAUUCUUGCCACCGUAUCCAAUAUCGAAGCCAAUUCGCAAUGAUGUCACCUACACUGCAAACAGGACAUGUGCGCAUCCAGCAUCUACACCCCAUCAGCCAAAUAGCCACACUAAACCUGUUGAGAAUGCCCUCCAAACGCUCAACCAGAUGAUUGGGACAGUUCAGCCAAUGGCGCAGACGCAGGAGUAUAAAUCUCAACAGAUGCUUUCGGUUGUUAAAGCUAACUCGCAAGCACAAAACACUACUUCAGUCCACCAAGUUGUUUCACAGGCAGCAUCUCAACCUCUUCCAAGGAAAUGGCCGAUCCCAGUCCUUCCCAAAGGUAGUACAGUAACCAGCACAAGAGUACAGCAGCUUGCUGUCAACGGACUUGUAUUGGUGACUACUACAAGCGCUGGCCAAACUGUUCAGACUCCAAAUGCCCACAAAAUCUAUUCAGCGAGGGUAUUACCAGCCUUCAAUCCAGUUUCAGCUAAUCAGAAUGUAGCCCACUCUUCGAAUUUGCUAAUUUCGUUAUCAUCUGCAAAUGGGAGUGUACCUCAAAUAUCAAUGGACCAGACACAAGUCAAUGUUUCUGAACCUCAAGGCAAUGGUAGCUCAAUUCUUGGUUUAAUGGCAAAUAAUGUAGUGAUGUGUGAUGGGCAGAUACAAGGUAAGGUGACUUGUGGCAAGGUAGGUACAGAUAUGAACAAAGUUCCUGAAGGAAUUAUAACCCAGAAUGCCCCCCCUCAACUUGGCCAGAGAAGUUGGCCAGCUCUUACAAAUGGAGCACAAGAAAGAGCUGGCUCUUCCAAUAAUACUCUGCUAGUUUCUGAACAGACAGGGCAAUCCGCUUGUUUGAGUUCACAGCCAACUACACAGCACACUACUAGUAAUUCUUGGUUUGCAUCAGCAAAUUCAAAUGGCCAAAAAAGAAUGGUGCUUGCUCGGGUUACCCCAAUGUCUCAUGACUGGAAGGAUUUGCAGCAAAACUCACGUUCCCUUCAGUCUGCUGACAACUCCAACAUCAAGGACAUGCCUGUGGAAGGCAUUCAGUUGCACGAUAAACUAAGUGAUCAGAAUGGAGAAUUGGAAGAUGCCUGUUCAACUUUGGAAAAAUCUAUUGAAAUGCAAAACCAAUCACCCCUGACAGAAAUAGCGGAACAGAAGAGAGUUCCUCCCCCCUCUCUCAAACCAGAUAUAUGCAGUCAAGAAGAUGUACAUAAUAUUCACUUUUAUUUUACACCUUCGACUAUGAAUGAAGUCAGUAUUAUAACUUCUCAGGUGUCUUCCAGUUUCAAUGCCCAGCAGAAUUUAAUGUCCUCGGGAAAUCUCACUUCAGCUGCUAAUGUAAGCUCACCCAACAGCGCCCCUGUGACCUCCCAGUUGACUGCAUUGUCUGGGCAUUGUAACUUUGGAGUAUCGUCGGUAGGCAGUUCAAAUUCAACCUUGCAGCAGACAGUGACUGCAUCUCCAGCUGAAAUGGGGACUUUGUGUAAUAGUGAACAGCAGAGUACUCUCCCUUUUCCUGGUUCUCCACAUUCUGUAAAUGUGCUGUGCUCGGCAGUCAAUAUAGCAUCUACAAGUGAAGGCAAACAAACAAUUCAGCUUGUUUCUUCAGGUUCUACUCCUUCAUCUGAAGCAUUUCACGCUAGCAACUCAUUGCACUCUGUUUGCCUCGUACCCAGGGAAAGCUCUGGGAAGCAGGCAACCCCAGGCCUUGUACUUGUAGUCCCACCGUCUGUGCUUGUGCAGAAUUGCCAGAAUGUGGAGGCUUCUUCUAUCUGUCGGCCCUCCACAGUAUUAACUGGAGAGGAACACGUGCCAGCGAGACUAACUGAAUGCCAAGGUGAAGCAUCCAGUUUAGUUGCGGGUGCACCUACUCCAGAGUCUGACAAGUCUAACGCUGCUCAGCCAGCAGCUGCCAGUCCAUUAAACCUGACUGGACAACAACAUGAAGAAAUUAUCAGCUCGCUGACCGCCAGCGGAAUUGGGGAACCGGCAAAUGGUGCGAAUAUAUCAGCGGACCCCAGUCAGAAGGCUCCGGCUGAAGUAUUGCCGUCUUCCACUGAGGUCAACGGGAAGAAGAGGAACUUGACUUUGGAUGCAGGGGUAUCAUCGAAAGACUGUGGUUUCCAACACUGCCUGAUACUGUGUGAUGGUCAGGAAAAUGUAACCGAUAGUCCGCCUCACAAAAGGUUCAUGGCUUCUGCUCUGGAGGGUUUGUCAAAGGGUGAAGACAUAUGUAAAAAUGUGCCUCUACCUGAUGAAAAGGAAACGACAAACUCUUCAGAGUUGAUGACGUGCAGUGACAGCUCAGAGAGACCUGAGCUUAUAGUUGAUGAUGAUCAGACUGUUGCCAAAUGUAAUAUAGUUCAGUCUGAGAUCUGUAUCACAGGGGUGUUCUCAUUGGGAGACAAUACCGGGAUGUGGAAGACAGUUGAGCAGAGCUCCCCCUGCCCUGUGGUUGAUCUAACUGGCUCUUCACAAGAGGAAAUGAAUGAUGAGUCUGCAAUAAAAGAAACUGGAGAAUCCAGUUUGAAAGAUCAAGAAGCACAUGAAGAUUGUGAUACUGUGACGGAAAAUCCACAAGUGCCGAGUUCUCCCCUCUCUAAUUUAGAGAGUGAGCGAUGCCCGUCAGUAAAAGAAUCUCCUCAAAUGGGGCAAGUACAAUCGGCAUUGGAAGUCUCGCAGGAAAAACUCCCCAGUCAGCAGACUCCUCAAACUCAUACUAGCCAGGUGAACAUUUUAAUAGAUCUAACUGCAGACAAAGAUGAUUUUACUGAACCUCAACAGAGUCAUUCAGUAUUACCAUCUGAUUGCAAAGAGCAGGAUGAGAAACUGGUUUCUGACCAGAAUGUCACGUCUGUUGAGAUUAAUAAUCCAUCUCCUUUAAAAUUUUCAGGUAGUGAGCCUCAGGGUCUUGAUGAUCUAUUGCAUUCAAUUGACACAGAAAUUGAAACUUUAAUGAACUUCUGGAAUCCUUAUCCUUCCAAAUUUGCACAUGCCAACGCUGCAAAGUCAGCCAACAAACACUACGAUCAACAAAAAAGUGAAAAUUGUGAGAAUAAACUGCUGAGUGUCGCUAUAGAAACUGCGAGUGUUUCCGAAGAAGUGCAAAUGCCAGAUGAGCGUGUGAAAGCUAGCCUGGUUGACAAUUUGGACUGCAGCUCGUCUUAUAAUAUCAAGGUACUUGGACACACUGAGAUCCUGAACCUGCUUGCUGAAAUAGCAAAACCAAAACUAAAUGAGAAGCUGCCUCCAGGAAGUGUAUGGUCUGAAACAUUUGAUCGCUCAGAUGUGAGGCUGAGUGAGGAAAUGCCAGGUAAACCUUCCCAGAAUGCCAGCAGUGACGGUUGGAAGGCUGGCAGUCCCAAGGCAGGGGCGAUGAAGAUUCCAGGUAGACUGUGGGGAGAUCAGAGUCCUACAUUGCAGCCUGUCACCAAUAAGAACAGCUGCGGAAAGAAGGCGAAACGGGAAAGGAAGGAAUAUUGUUGUAUUAAUGCUUGGCUAGCUGCAUCAGGUGUGCUUGGCAUAUACUGCAAUUGUAAAUUAUCGCAAGGCAAUAAAACUGACAACCAGUUAGAUUUGCGACAUGCAAUGCAUGAAAACCAAAAUAGCAGUGAGCCUAGUGAUCCAAAUUGUAUUGGAAAACACAUGGAUGUAGAGGCCACUUUACACAGUGUGCCGGUUGCCACCCAUAGAGGCCAUGCUUUAGAAGUAUCAGAGAGCUGGAAUACUGGGCCCAGAAGCUGCUCCGAUGCUGCUGCUGACUCUAAUCAGGAUGAAGUUUUGAGAGACGUUCAUCAAGAAGUGUGUGUUGUUCAAGCUAUGCAGCAACAGGCUGGUGCAAACAAUACUCGACUAGAAAGCAAUGAAGUGGUAGGUUUCUGUAAGCCAGGCAUUGCACACUUAAGUUCUCUUAGAAUGUCUGAAGAACCGGUUGGAUUACCCUGCAAAGCUGCUGCUCACGAGAAAUCCGAUCGAAAGGAAAGCAAAGACAUUUCCCGAGAUCUGGUUGAAGUUCAACCAGAUAAAGACACGUGGGCUGCUCUGGAACUUGACGAUCAAACGGCAAAUGGGAACAGAGAUCCUCCUUCAGACAUAUUGAGAAAGAAAAUUGGUGACCAAACUGACAAGUGUAACGUUAACCGCCACCUUGGGGUCAAGCUAGGAUUCAAGGUCAUGAAAAGGAAACCUGAUGCUUCUAAUUGCCGGAGUCCACAGAAACAAAGGAAAAGUGAAACUCGGGGAAAGGAAGGAAAAUCUGCCAAGUGCGCUAGUCUGCAGAAGAUCUGUACUCUGAAGAAGAAAACAAGAUAUGAUGCUGAUGCCAAACUUCUAUCCAACUACAAUUGUCAUGUCAUGGUCAGGGAUAAAACCUACUCUUCAUCGGGAGAACGUGCUGUACUUGUUAAUCUAGUACCUGUUUCUGGAAAGUUCUGCAAAACUAAGGCAAAAAGAAGAGCCAAAUCUCAAUAAUUGUGUAAUGAUUUUCUCCUUUACUGGCACCCUUUUUAAUGUUGACCCUUUUAUUUUUUUUAAAAGAAAUAUGUACCAUUUAUUUGUAUGAAUUACACUGGUGCUUUUUUUGGUCUUUUGUAACAAUUGCCUCCAAUCUUACUAAUGGCCCGAAAAUUGAAAGGCUUUGUGCAAAAAGUUUGAUUGUUAAUUUGUCUUGAUUCCAAGUUUAAUAUGCUCGAAUGCUUCAUUGAAAGGUUCUGUUGGGUUUAAGUUGUUGUAUGCGGUUCCCUUUGGAACGGUUAGUUUGAUAUUCGAUUUGGUCAGAAGCUGUGAUAUUGACUGACUUGAGUACCUCAGUUGAAUUGUGCAUGGUGCUCAAUUUCACUAUAUACGUCUCACCAAUUUUCAUACACGAAGUAUUGAACAAAGUGCCACUGUGAACAAAGAAAUAAGCUACUGGGUAAAAGUUUUCUUGUGAUAAGUCCAGAAUGUAUUAUGAUUUUAUACACUGGUAAAUUUGCUUUACUGUUUACAAAGGCAUUUGUCAUAUUUAACUGUAUAACUUUUACCUCUGUUUUC